GUAUCGGAUAUUGACAAUUUGUGUUAAGGUUAGCAGGUACCAUACAACUUCAAUGAUUCGCUGCCUGAUUUCACUUCACGCUUGAGUGGCCUCAAGAACCUGCGAAGAUACUCCCUUGAACGAGUAUGCCUGGGCGCCACUGCAAUUUUUGCAUUGAUAAGUAAUAUGCUUUAAAGAAAAUGGUCAGAAUAAAUCGACCUGGCAAGCUAUUUAUUGGAAUAGCAUCAUUCGCCUUGUUUCUUCUCGUUAGAGUUACUCUUGAGAAGAAAACCUCGAUAUUCGAAAAUGUCCGCGCGGUUAGCCGGCAACUCUUAUCGACGCCUCUUGAUGAUAACUGUGUUACAAGCAAAGGAGCAGUGGAGGAGUUCCCGAAAGACUUCUUUACGCAAGAAGAGAGACUUCGGGGCGCUUGUGUUGUCCAUAUACUAGUUGCGUUUUACAUGUUUGCUUUAUUAGCGGUUGUUUGUGACGAGUACUUUGUUAUUAGUUUGUAUCAUAUUUGCGCGCGGCUAGAUCUCGACAGUAAUGUUGCAGGAGCGACAUUUAUGGCAAUCGGAAGCUCCGCUCCGACGCUAUUCAUAUCAGUUAUAUCGAUUUUCUUCACUGAAUCGGGUGGAGAUGUGGGCCUAGGCACCGUCGUGGGAUCGACGAUUUUCAACACAUUAUUUAUCAUUGCUACAUGUGGCCUAGCCGCCAAGCAAGUUAUCUACCUUACGUGGUAUCCACUGCUCAGGGACUCGUUCAUGUACACCAUAGGAACUGUUGCGCUUGUGGUCACGAUACGAGAUCGCGAAGUCUAUUGGUAUGAGGCAACUUCGUUUGUGGUUAUAUACGCAAUGUAUAUAAUCGUCAUGUAUUUCAAUCGAUCGCUAGAGAGUUUUUUCGUCGGUAUCAAGGAGAGAUAUUUCGGCGCAUGCAGUGAUGAUCAAAAUGACAGCAUUGUUGAAACAACUGCAGAUAAAUACGAAAAGAUCAUGACGUCAAUCAGUGAAGAGCUUUCUACAGUGAUCAACGCGGAGAGAAGAAGCGACAACGCCACGGCGCUUGAGAUUGUCAAGAACAAGUCGAUCAGUGAUCUCGCUGGAUUGAAUCUAGGAAAAAAUAUAGGCACUCAAACGACAUUCGCCCAGCGGGACUCAACGCUAGAUACUAAUACGACUAAGAAAGCUGAUUUAUCGCAAUUUGAGCACAAACAAGACUCGCCGUUCAAAGCACCAGAUGGUAUUAUAGCCAAAAUUGCAUGGGUACUUGGUAUGCCUGUCUGUUUGUUAUUCUACAUCACAAUACCACCAUGUUGUAAACAAAGAUGGAGCGAAUGGUUUCUCGUAACGUUUCUAAUGUCUGUUCUUUGGAUGGGCACACUGUCCUAUGUUUUAGUGUGGAUGGUCUGCAUUUUAGGCGGCACGUUCAACAUUCCUGAUUGCGUCAUGGGGAUGACCUUUCUCGCUGCUGGCUCCAGCAUACCUGACGUCAUGGCAAGUGUUAUCGUAGCCAGACAAGGCGAAGGAGACAUGGCCUUGUCGAACGCCAUUGGUAGCAAUGUGUUUGAUAUGUUGUGUUUGGGUGUGCCUUGGUUGAUGAAGAGCACCAUCAUGAACCCAGGAACUUCUGUCACCAUUUACAGUCAAAGCAUUAUGGUAUCCGCUCUGCUCUUGAUAGGUAGUAUAUUUUUUACUGUCUUAGCUAUACAUUUGAACAAUUGGAAACUCGAUCCUAAACUAGGAGUUAUAUUUUUAAUCGUUUAUGUAGUAUUUAUUUCACUAGCUACUUUGGUAGAGUUUAUAGCUUGCCCGUGCCAGUUGGAAGUCUAGUAGUCUCUAAAUUGACCGUUGUUAAUAAUAAAAUACAACACAGCAUCGAGCAUAUCCCUAUUUUGAGAACUCGAAUUUGAUUGUAUGAAUUCAUUCGAAGGAGAUUUUUUCAAGAACUGAGAAAAUUUUGAGAACCUUUUCAGAUACUAGGUCGAUCAAGAACUGAGCAGUCUGAAUUUCUUGAUCUUGGUCUUAUCAAGGGGCGGAUAGGCCGCACUUUCCCUUUGAUGCCUUGAAAUUAAGGGGGCAUAAGGUGCAACUGACUUUAGAACUUUAGAUUAGAAUAGUGCUUAGCAUGAGAAUGGGAGAAAGGGAGGUGGAAGGCUUAAGCUCUUUUGGGGAACUUUUCGCUAGAUCAUUAGGAUAAUAUGUUCUCGAGCGAUGCGUCCUCUAAUUAUGCCACUGCUUUCUUGCAAGGUAACAAAACGUGACCACUGCAGUUUAAUAUUCAGUACAGGAAGAGGUUCCGUUUGAUGAUCUAAUAGUUUUUGGAGUUGAAAUCGACUUUGCUUAAGUGAUACUCAAAAUUCUUGAGAGAAAAUUUGCAGAGUCUAGAGAAAUAUACAUCCUUCUUCCAGCCAGACAGCCUUGACUUUCAAAACGUCUCUGCAAUAUAAAUACUUUGUCUGGAUGUGCUUACAUAAUUUAUUCCAACCGUAAGCCCACUUGUUUGCAGGCUGAACCUAAGUAACGGAGGAGGACAAACAUCACAAUUCUUAGGGAACCCUUUUGCUGUAGUUAAAAUAUUUCAUUUAAAGAUGCGGUAUUUUGCAGACUGCUAGUAAAAUAAUUCUUUAUUUUAUUCUCUCAGUCACUGUUUUUAAUUUAUGACUAAUUUUGUUUCUUUUUGUUCUACUAGAUUUUUCUCGUAUGUAAUUUUUGUCAUAAGAUUUUCAUUUUUUGAAAUUAUGCCAUCAAGUUAUUUUA